GCAGUCCCUUUUUAAAGUAUGCUGUAGGACAGAUAGGUUAAAAGAAUUGGUUGCUGUACUACAGGAAGCUUGCCAGAUAUCUGCGAAGUCUCUGCGUCUUUUACAAGAAGUGGACCUAAUAUCACGAGGAUUUGUGUUGGCCCAAGGAUCAAGUGUCUUUAAAAAGUAUGAGGUAAGUGAAUCUCCAUCAUGCACCAGCUUGCGCCAUGCCCUUGAGGGCAUGUUGGGAACUCUAUCAAGACUGCUCUGUGAACUUCACACACAGUUAGCACCAAGAGCAAAGAAUUAUCCCAUUUUGGUGGGACUCUUCAGUGACCAAGAAAAGUUAGACUUACAGUCAUAUGAAAACCCAAAAUGCCAUUUGAAGUACCUUAAGGAGGCAGCAAAUUUGGCAAAACUUCAGACUUCAACAAUUUUGACAGAAUUGAUAUUAAUUAUUGAGAAUCCUACACAUAUGGAGAUUUUUGAAAAAGACAUUAUUUCAGUUAAACAGUUGAUGGAAGUAAAAAAAUCUGUGAAUGAUCUCUCAAACCAUUUAGAAUAUACCAGGGUAUAUUGGCUUCAUAACAGAAAUGAGGAAGAGAAACGUCAGACUUCAGAAAACAAAAAAAAUUGUGUAUAUCUUGCUCUUCACAGUCUAAGUUUGCACAUGCAUGCAUUUUUAUAUAAAGUACAGAAUUUAGAAAAUAAAUUUCAAAUUGAGGAUGAUGAAGCAGCCUGUAUAGCAGAUUUACAAAAGGAUGACCUAGACUCUCUACCACCAUAUGAGGAUGUCAAACAGCAGUUGCAGUUGAUUAAAGCUGAGCUAGAUUCUUGUCAAGGUUGUUGGGAAGAAGCAGUUGCAAGAGUAAAUAAAAAAUAUUGUGUAAAAUCAGAGGAUGCACUAGAUAACAUUUCUGCUUAUAUAUUUGAUGAAAACACCAGUGAAUCUCAAGUAUUGGAAACAAAGAAAAUUCCCAUUGUACUGAGUGAAAUAGAUGAACCAAUUGCAGAAGAUGAGGUAUUUGAAGCUUUCAUAGAAGAAGAAUACUCAGCAAAACUAGAUAAAGUUGAGUAUGAUGACAGCAUUUGGAGUGCAGAUGCAAAGAAAAGGCAACAUGAAAUGAAGCAUCAAAGGAAGCAAGGGAAAUUAGUGCUAAAUGAGCUUCAGCCCAUUUUGAAGCAAAGGAGAGAGAUGUGGGAGAAAAGAGAAAUAGCAGUUCUAAAAAGAAAGCAGGACUCCUGCUUAGCAGAUACGGUGGCGACUAAUGGUAUGGAACCUUCCAGCGAAAAGGAAGAUGUGAAAGAACAUAAGGAGCUGCUAGAGUCUACCGGUCAAAUAAGAGUGAAGUCAAGUGCCAAAGGGAAUGGCAGUUUCCUUGAGAUCACAGAAAAAGAACAUGGCAAGCACUGGCAGGGAACAGAUACUGAACCUGAAGUGGACAGUGAUGAAGAAAGAUUGAAAGUAUAUAAGAGAGUAAAACAAGAACUCGAUGUAUAUGAAGCAUCCUGGCCCAGUGAGAAAGCGACGCCAGUGAAGGCAGAAUCGGUUGACGUCGUCGGUGGCGGUAGUGUCUCGUCAGACCAAGGAGGGAGCGUAGCACUAGAAGUAGGCAAAUGUUUUGAAACAAAUACAUCAGAACUGCCAAACAAAUGUUUGAUGGUACCAAAUGAGAAGGAGGUUAUACAUGAAAAUACAGUAGAAAAUAGUGAAUGUGUAGAUAUAAAUUGGAGUGCCUCUCAGCUACCAUCUCGUCACUUGGAAACCCUGGACGAGCGAAUUCAUUUUUUGUCCGGCGGUCAGCAGUUCGGCAUGCAUGCGGGGCUCGCAGCAGAGGCUCAGGAAUUUUCCAAGAAAUUUAGAUUGGCUGCCAUUAACCCAGUAACAACUUUUGGCGGAGAAGGCGAAUGCGAAGAAUACGGUGAUGAUGACUCUGAUGAUUCAGAAUAAAGAAUAGGAACUUUACUUUAUUCUACUAACUGCUACUAUAUAUGUGUGUGUUAUAUAUAUACAUAUACAUAUAUGAUAUAUAUAUAAUAU